UUUCCGGCGGCGAAGCGCGACGGAAAGUAAGAGUGGUGAGUGACCCAGAUGCUGCAAAGCCGGCGCGCCUCUCACAGCGCAGGACGACGCCGGAGCGGAUACACCAUGCGUCCCGCAGCCGCAGAGAUGUUGAGAGCGCUGUUGGUGGUGGUGGCAACAGCUCGUCUGAGUCUCCAGGAGUCGCAGAGCAGCGUCCAGGCCGUCACCAAGCUCAGCAAUAGCCUCGUGCCGAAGCUUUUCCAGGCACUGUCGCCGGGGCGGGACAACUUGGUCCUGGCGCCGUUCGGCGUGGCGAGCGCGGCUGGGAUCCUGCUGGAGGCAGCUAGUGGAGACACGGCGCGGGAGCUGCACCACGCCCUUGGCAUCGCGCAGGCAGAGCGCCAGGCUCUGCGCGACGGUUUCAAGGCUUAUUUCGACACUUUCGAGCACUCGGCGGAGUCGCUGACGGACGAGGCGGCGGGCGCGUUCAGCAUGGCGACGGUGCACACGCCGGGGUUGCUGUCGCCGCAGUACAAGCAACUGUUGACGCAGUUCUACCGCGUCAACGUCACAGACGCCGCAGCUGGCGACCCACCCCACGGCGCACAGGCGCUGGAGAUCCGCACUGACGCGGGCGUGCUGAGCCACUGGAGGGACCUGGAGCGCACCGGCACGCUCGCCUUUCUGUCGCCGCAGCAGACGACGCUCUUCCAGCGGAGUGGCCGCGUCGGCGACACCGUAGUGGUGCCCAUGGUGCCGCACCUUGGCCUAUUCCGUAGCGGACGCGUCGCUCCUCUAGCCUGCACCGCCAUUGAGCUUCCUCUCAAGGUGGGAACGUUUAAUCUUCUCAUACUUCUGCCGGAUGCUCCUGAUCAUAUAGAUGAGCUUCUUGUGAAACUCCCAGGAGUGUCGUUCCAGCAGCUGCCGCACUGGCUCACAUAUGCUGAGACGGAAGUUUCACUUCCUCAGUUUACAGCUCUAUCAAGUGGACUUGAUUUGACACCAUUUAUGAAACAGUUGGGUGUACGGAGCCUCUUCAAUGCAAGCGCAGCAGAGUUAGGAUUUGCUUCUGCAAGUGGCGCUCCUCCACUGUAUGUGAAAUCUAUCACUCAAGAUGCCUUUUUCUCCGCAUCCUAUGUUGCGGUUAAUUCUGUUGGAGCUGUCUCAUCACACAUGGGGACUAAGAGGCCGAAGAGAGAGGUGACCCGGUUUUUUGUGGAUCAGCCUUUCCUCUUCUUCUUGCUGCAUCGUGACACACAGCUCGUAUUGUUAGCUGGGAAGGUGCAAAAUCCUACUCAAGUACCAUGAUGUGUGCCUCUCAAUGGCAACCAGUUGUGAACAUUUGCUACUCAUGUCUUAUGUACUGAUUCAUCUCGAUGUAAUUAAACAUCACAUCCAUAAAUAAGUAAAACAUGUUUGUGUUUAGUUGUGAUUGGUUUUGUGCGCUGAGUUAUGUAUUCUUUGAUUAGAGUCUAGAGAGUAUUGUGCCUGGUUGGUGGUGUGCAUCGCAGAAACUACGCAUACAUCUUCAUUGUACUUGGAGCUCAGAUAUUUUACAUAAAA